UCGAACCGUAAGUUCCCGGCCGGCUAAAUGCCGGCUGGGUUUUGAAGUACCGCGCAGAGAGGGAGUCUUAGGAUUUUGGCUUAGUGACUGCAAUGUGAGAGCGCGUCGGUAGGCACUUCAGGGCUGGUUAUGUAGAUGAUAUAUGGCGUAUGAAGAUGAUGGGUUAGUACCCUUGCAGACCUCUGGGUUUGAUUUAACUCAUCUGAAAGGCUGUAUGGGUGCCGCAGAGCAGAGGAGGGCUCAAGGUUCUGGGGGCUGUUCCUACAUCCAAAUGUCAAUUAAAAUAAGAAUGGAAGAGUUUGGAUGCAUCGACUGUAGAAUGCCAACAAGGAAACUUUCAGCAUCUUCUCUGGAACUAGGAGCUCUGGAGACCCAAGUUCUCAGGAAUUACAAAUGAAGAGACCUCUUUGUGAAGGAGUCCAGAUGUCUAAGAAGAAAUAUGUAAUAUGCUGAUGCUUCCUGCCUAAAAGCAUGUCCAGAAUGGCACUUUCCUUCUCCCGCAGAGUCAGGAGUGAACUGCAUUGGCCAACGGAUCGUGAGUGGAAGUUACGUGUGUCCUUUCCAGCUGGCAGCUUUAAGCACCUGUGCAGGCAUACAAUGGUGGCUGUUCUGUCUGCUGGGAUCUGCAGUGAGGAAACAUGGAACAGAACCCUCCUGUGGCCUGGGUAUGAUUUAAGUCUGGAUGAAAUGAGAGCUUUGACAUUUCAGAGAGUGAAGUUUAUCAUGGGCCUACCUCUGUUAAAACGUGCGAUUCAGGAACAGGCAGAGAAAACAAAGAAUUUUGUCAGUCGGAGCCUGGUCAUAGGAGAAGUCCUCUCCAUAGCGGACAUGGCCACAGGAGUAAAGUGUGGAAUAAUUUACUGGCUGUUUGGUGGUGCAGUCAGGAACCUUGGAAGCCCAGGACAUGUAACUAAGUGGCUUCAGCCACUCCAGGAGCAGAAAUACACUGGGAUGUUUGCAAUGACUGAGAGGGGCCACGGGAGCAACGUGCGAGGGAUCCAGACUGAAGCCACCUUUGACCUCUCUGCGCAGGAGUUUGUGAUCGACACGCCAUGUGAAAAUGCUGAGAAGAUGUACAUCGGAAAUGCGAUGUAUGGGAAUUACGCUGCGGUCUUCGCUCAGCUUAUCAUAAACGGAAGAUCGCAAGGGCCCCACUGUUUCAUCGUUCCCAUCCGCGAUGAAAAUGGAAGCUUGUACCCGGGAGUGACAGCUAUUGAUAUGAUGUACAAGGAAGGUCUGCAUGGUGUGGAUAAUGGGAUUUUAAUAUUUCACAAGGUUCGGAUACCAAGGGAGAACCUGCUGGAUAAGUUUGGUUCUGUGGCUCCAGAUGGGCAGUACCAAUCCCCUAUUAAGAACAAGAGUGCAAGAUUCAAUGCGAUGCUGGCAGCGCUGACCCCUUCGAGAUUAGCUGUGGCUUUCCAAGCUAUGGGUGCCAUGAAGCUUGGGUUGACGAUAGCCAUUCGCUACAGCCACAGCCGGAGGCAGUUUGGGCCUAAAGCCAAGGAAGAAGUCAAGAUCAUUGAACACCAAACACAGACCCUUCGGCUGAUGCCUCACCUGGCCACAGCCUUGGCCUUGACCUUCACCAGCAGGUAUGCCGGGGUCCUCCUGGAUGAGGACAUCUUCCAUGGGAAAGAGCUUGUGGACAGUCGCCCGCUGCAGGCGCUGGUGGCGGGGCUGAAAGCCUACAGUACCUGGGAGAACGUCCGCUGCCUGCAGGACUGCCGCGAGUGCACAGGAGGCAUGGGUUACAUGAUGGAAAACCGAAUCUCAGGCCUAAAAUGCGACACAGAUGUGUUUGUAACUUUUGAAGGUGACAAUGUUGUUAUGCUGCAGGUUGUGGUGCGGGAACUGCUGGCUCAAUAUGCCAAACAGCACAAAGAGAAGCCAUUCCUCAGUUGGCUCCGGAACUGGGCUGAGUAUGGGAGUGACAAGCUGAGAACCAGCUUCCUGGCAUUUAACGUGGACACAGUCGAUAAUCUUGCCUUUCUGUUGAAAGCAGUGAAUUUUCGUGAAAGGGUUCUUCAGCGGAGUUUGGUGGCCAGAAUUUAUUAUAAGGUGAUGACCCAGAAAGAGGACUUCUUCAGUGCCUGGAACUCGUGUCUUCAUCACGUUGCCUCCCUGUCUCUGGCGCACAUCCACAGAGUCCUCUGCAGGAGUUGCUGGGUCCCUAAAGCCUUGAGUCUGGGACAGCGGAGAGGGGCCAUCUGGAAUGCCAGCAGGUGGACACGCCUUCCCUGCGCUUACACAAGAUUGCUCCAAGGGACAGAGAUGAGAGUGGAGGCUCCUGCCGAGGGAGGCACCCAAUGGAAUGGAGACUGUUUUAAGUAAGAGCAUGGGGGACUUUGGGCUCAUGCAGAGGGUGGCUUUAUAAAAAGAAAAGAAAAGUGUGAGUUUGAAGCAUUGCUACACGCCAGCCCUUGGAGGAGCGGCAGCAUUGCUUCAUGAGCAAAUGGACACAGAAGAGAAAGUUCUACAGUGCAGACCACCCAACAUCAUACCACAUUCCUGGCCUUUCCCCUUCUGGGAAAGUGAGUGAGGCGGAGAGUGGCUCCCAGGCUUCUCUAAGUCUACUGAAGAACUCUUCUCCAGCGUCAGGAAGGUUGCUCCUGUCAUCAGAAUGCUGGCGUUUCUCCCCCCCAGACCUUGCCUUCUCCCCGUGGCCACACAGGGAAACAUGUAAUGUGGGUCAGCCCCACCCAAAGACCCCCAGUACCGUUCACCCAAGAAAUGCCGUCACAUUGGCCUAGCUAGAGGUCUGAGCCCCUGAGGCCCCUAAUCACUCCACUUGGAGCGUGUCACUAAGAAAGCUGUCUUGAGAGGACUCUGCUAACUCACUCUUCUGUGAAGGAGGUGACCGUCUGUGAAAGAAUUUUGGGACUAAUGACCCGAGGUUUCUGUUGCCCUGGGAAGAAGGGGACAGUGGAAAAGGCGAAGUCUAACUCCUGCAUGAUAUCGGUUCUGUGGAGGAGACGGUUCAGAACAGAUUUAGCUGCAGUACUUGACCCAGAUGCUAAUAAAGUGUCACAUAUCCCUGGAGCCCCAGUAUCUCAGCCGACCGUCAUGCUCACUGCGGCCUCCAUCUGACGAGGGUUUCCCCUGGGCCGGAGCCAUGUCGUUUCUUCGGUCUCCACAACAAGCUCACAAAGCCCGCUGAGAAACAGGCUCAGAGGAGGGACCGAUUGGCUAGGAUCCCAUACAACCAAGGGCUUCACCCUCGGGCUGGCUAACCCCAGAGCCUUGCUCAGAAAAGCUUCUUAGGCACCAGAUUUUGAGGGAAACCCUCCCACCACCAACUCUCCAAGGGCUUUCCUUCCUACGGAUAAACACCAGAGGCUGGGGGUUACAGCCUCUUGAACAUUUGGAGAUCUUUCUUUGUGUAUUUAUUUAACACAUACUUUCCUAUAUUAAAGUUGGC